AUGGCAAAGUUUGGGUGGAAAGUAUCCCAAGCCCCUUCCAAUCUAGCUCAAGAAUGCAUCAAGUCAAAGUAUGUUCAGGACCACCGUGUCACAAAAUUCUCCAAUGGGUCUACCACAUGGAGGAACAUAGGGAGGGGGUGGCACCUCCUCCAAGAGAAUUGUAUGUGGAACCUAAGAAAUGGGGAAAACAUCCAUGUAUGGGAAGACAAUUGGCUAGGGGUGGGGACCCUUAGAUCGCUGAUUAGCGGCCCACUCCAGAGAGGGGAAGUAGAUUUGAAGGUGAACAAACUUGGUAGGGGGGGAAAUUGGGACCUGAGGGAACUCUCCUUUCACCUGCCUCAGGCCAUCCUUAACCGAAUACUUAGUAUGCCUCCGCCCCAUGAAGAGUCACACAGUGACAUUCUUACCCCAUCGUUUAUGGUAAAUGGGGCCUUUUCGCUUGCCCAAGCCUAUGAUGCUCAAUUACCCACCCCUUGGACCAACCUAGACUGGAUUUGGAAAAAUAACAUGGAACCUAAAUUGAAAUUCUUUUUCUGGCUACUGUGGAAGGAUCGCAUCCCCCACAUGAAACUUCUACACAUAAGAAACAUUGUGCCUAAUUCCCAGUGUCCUAGAUGCUACACCAUAGGUGAGGAUUCCUCACAUGUUAUCCGCGACUGUAGUCACUCGAGGGGGGUUUGGGAUAUGGGGGCCCCGCAAUGCCCGAGGGGGUUAUCUUUCACUGAAUGGCUAAAGUUCAACCUAGGAAGUAAGGAUAGUUUUAAGGGAGUGGGUUGGGCAGUCAUUUUUCCAUACCUUUGCCAUGAGAUUUGGAAGGACCGUACUAAUGUUAGCCUAAAAAACCAAAAGCCGGCUCAACCAAAUACCAUCAUUCAACGUGCUCUUACCCUUGCUAGGCUUCGAACUAAGGGAGGGACCUAUACUAGGCAGGAGGGCGGGUCAAGUACCCCUAUCACCCGAGAGGUAGUAGAUAUUGCCAUAUAUGUUGAUGCAUCCUUUGUGAGUAUCCAGGAGCCUGUUGGGCUCGGAGGGGUUAUUCGGAAUAGGAAGGGGGAUUGGGAGGUAGGUUUUAGCCAGUGUACAUUUGCUAGAGAUAAUAGUCUUGCGGAAUUAAGGGCCAUUAAACUGGGUCUCCAAAUUGCUAAAGAACGAAACAUCCAUACGGCUACCUUAUUUUCGGAUUGUGUACGAAUGAUUAACCUCCUUAGUAAUACUGAUGGUUAUGCUGACAAUUAUUGGAGUGAUUUAUGUGAAUGCAGAAAGCUGUGGAAGGAUCUUCCGGGAGUGAAGAUUAAACAUUGUAGCCGAACUCUUAACAUGGUUGCAGAUGGGCUCGCUAAAGUGUGUCGAAGUAAUGCGGAUAGUAUGAAUGUAACUAGGAUUUUCCCCACCCCCCUAGUUAUAUUUUGA